UUUUCUUUCAGGAAUUCAAACAAACUGUGAACUUUCUAUGACACCCUGAAACUGAAAAUAUUUAGGAAGAGGGUUUAGAAGAACAGAGAAAACAAAUUCAAAAAAUAUUAGGAAGAAGGUAAAUAACAAUGGCGCACAACUUUGGCUCUGGUCAGAGACAAAAAAUGCUUUACUCGAUCCAGAUUCGUGAUCUGGAAGAACGGUUGGAAGGAUUGAAGCUCGAAUAUGCCAAGCUGGAGAAAGAGAACAAAGACCUCACCUCUCAGCACAGUAUGUUGAAGAAGGACAAGAAAGAUUCCACUGAGCGACUGAAACUUGUCUUGGCAGACAAGAAGAAGGUGGAGGAGCUGGAGAGUCAGCUGUGGGCUAUCCGGGAGGACAAAGAGGCCCUGGAGCUGCAGCACAGCCAGCAGAAGCAGAAACUACAGGAGCAGGUGGAUGAGCUUAACUCAGUGAACAUGAUGCAGGUGGCUCAGUGUGAGGAGCAGAAGGAGCAGCUGAAGCAGAUGAUGCAGCAGCUGUCUGACAAGGAGUCACUGGAGAAGCAGCUGGUCAGUCAGAAGGAAGAGCAUGAAGCUGCCAUGUGCCGGCUGAAGAUGGAAGAAGAGUUGGAGAGGAAACGGUUGACUGAGCAGAUACUGGGAACAGUGGAUGAUUGUGUCAAGAUGAAGACCUCAGUCAUUCUUCCAGAAGUAAGGAUUCUUCAGAAGAGUUUGCUGCAGACCCAGUUCCCGCUGACUGAAAGCAUGGCCUUGGAGAGGGAAGUAGGUGCCCUGCAAGACGAAGUGAAUGAUCUUUGCAUCAAGAGGAACACCCUGAAGAAAGAUGUUAGCAAGAGUACACAUGAAAACUUGACCUGCAAGAAGGAGCUGGAGCAGAUGAAACAGAGGUGCCAACACCUGGAGAUGAACCUAAAUGACUAUAGAGCCAAGAACAAAAACCAGCUGGACAAGGAAAGAGAUCUCAGACAGGACAUGGCCUCAGUGUCCGAGAAGUGCCGCCAACAAACAGCUGAGACCAGUCAGCUGGCGGCCGAGCUACAGAAGAAGAACAGCAGGUGCCAGGAGUUGGAGGGCGUCAUGCAGGAAUCAAUCAUCAUUCUCAAACAUGCCCUAUCGGAGAAGGAGUCUGACACUCAAUGGAUGAUGGACAGGCUGCAUGACAUCAUGGAGAGCACUGUCCAAUGCGAUGUCUCUACAGUCGGUGUCUCCAAAGAGUGGUGGAAGACAGAAACUGCAGACCACUGACCCCAAACCAGCCAGGGCUGCAGGGGUGUUGGAGCCUGUCCCAGCUGACAUCGGGCAAGAGGCGUUGAAUACCCUGGGCAGGCUGCCAUUUCAUAAAAAUAAGAUGUGAUUCUUUUUCUUUUCUUGUUUUACAAUCUAUUUUGUAUUUGCUUUUCAGAAUUUAGUCACUUUAAUCCCACUUCUGUUCCGUGUGGGAUGUGCUGCACUGCUUAGUCUAAAAUGUCAGAAAAAUACUUUUCUCUACAGUAACCCGGUUACAGCGAUUAAAACAGAGGAGAGCAAGAAAGUCUCUUACUGGAUCAAAGAAUAUUCUGCAUUUUUUCCCAAUAAAUGACAUAAACAAUUAA